GGCGUGUUUCCUGCUCCCAUUCACAAUCCUGCUUUUCGUCUGGCGCAGAAAAUUCCGCGAGUACAGAUCAAUCUGUAAUUUAUGAUUAUUUUUUUAAAAAAAUUAUUUUUAUUGCAAAACCGAAAGAUUUUCUUUUAUUGUUUCAGCAGUCUGUUCCACGCCCCAAGAAAGAGAAAGCUCUGUUCAGUGCGUGUGAAUGUAUCUGUAUGGGAUAACGCCUGUUUACCGCGCUACCUAAUGACAUGACAUGAAUGUCAGUCGGUCAAGGUCCAGUCUCCAGCUGUGGCUGCAGGAUCCGUUUUUAUUAUUACAGCCUUUGCAUUUCAACCUGAACCGAUUCUCAACGAGAUUCUUCCUUUUUGUAUUAUUGUUAUUUUAAAAGCUUUUGAUUCCUGCAAGGUUCUGCGCUUGGACAACUGGCAUGGGAAAUCUGCGUCGCUGGAAAAGGACUGUGUUAGAAUUCCGCGAAAUCAUAACACUGUCCACUGACAAUUCAUAGGCUUACUACAGCCUGAGGGACACGUCUUACAACCCUAAGAAACAUCUGUUCGGAUGUCCACAAGCCUCUUGAACAUGUGAAUCCACAAACAUUUUGGAUUUGUUUAAGCCUUGCUUCUUAUCAGCCUGCGUUAUUGUAGUUCGGCUUUGUUUCCUUUACAGUCACUGAUUCAUAUUCAACCCGCAGUGAUUAGUGAGAAACACAAGGGACUCCUAUAUCUUAAAAAUCAUUACUUUGAGAUAAAAAAAAAAAAAAGUAUCAGCAUGUCGGCGGUAAUGAUCCCGAAAAAGGUCACCCGAAAAUGGGAAAAGCUGCCAGGGAAGAACACUUUCUGCUGCGAUGGCCGGGUGAUGAUGGCAAGACAGAAGGGAGUGUUUUAUCUCACACUCUUCCUCAUCAUCGGGACCUGCUCUCUCUUCUUCGCAUUUGAGUGCCCGUACUUGGCUGUCCACCUCUCUGCAGCUAUCCCAGUCUUCGCCGUGGUUCUCUUCCUCUUUGUCAUGGCUAUGCUGCUGAGGACGAGCUUUAGCGACCCAGGGGUGCUCCCUCGUGCCCUGCCUGAGGAAGCCAACUUCAUUGAGAUGGAGAUUGAGGCAGCCAAUGGCAGUGUACCGGCUGGACAGCGCCCUCCUCCCCGCAUCAGGAAUGUGCAGAUCAACAACCAGAUUGUCAAGCUGAAGUACUGCUACACCUGCAAGAUCUUCCGUCCUCCUCGUGCUUCCCACUGUAGCAUCUGUGACAACUGUGUGGAUCGCUUUGACCAUCACUGCCCAUGGGUUGGAAACUGUGUGGGGAAGAGGAAUUAUCGCUACUUCUACCUGUUUACACUCUCUCUCUCCCUCCUUACCAUCUACAUCUUCGCCUUCGACAUCGUCCACGUUGUACUACGAUCUGUGGACUCCGGAUUUGUGAACACUCUUAAGGAAACCCCUGGCACUGUGGUGGAGGUGCUGGUGUGCUUCUUCACACUGUGGUCUGUAGUAGGACUGACUGGCUUCCAUACGUACCUGAUCUCCCUCAACCAGACCACCAAUGAAGAUAUAAAAGGUUCGUGGUCAGGGAAGAACCGGAUCCAGAACCCGUACAGUCACAAGAACAUUAUCAAGAACUGCUGUGAGGUUCUCUGUGGCCCCACUUACCCAAGUGUUCUGGACAGAAGAGGGGUGAUGCCUGAAGAUCUUUCUGUCUCUGCUCCUUCUGGCGCUUCUGAUGCCACUGCCACCACAAACACUCCUGUUCCACCUAACACAAAAACCACAGCUCCUCUGAUUCCCAAUGAACACACUCCUGACGAGGCCAAGCCCAGCAUCGCCACUGCCCAAAAAAACACCGCCAGCAACCCGAAAGAGGAGAAACCAUCCAGCCCAAGAGACUUGUCCCCUAAAACCCCUGCCCCUAUCGUUGUCAAAGAGUCAGCCCACUAGAUCUCUGCUGCAACUCUCUGAAUGGCGUUUCACAAAGGAAGAUGCGUAUUUGAACAAUCCAAAAGGGCCACAGGCUCUGAGAAAGACUCUGAUCUUCAGAGCAGCAUCUAUUCCUCACUGUCCAUGUUCAGGUGAAGGUCAUAUCAAGUUUGGUUGCCUCACUCAUGAAGGCGUCUGGUGGUAUCACAGCACUCUUGCUCUUUCUCUGAAACGCUGCAUGGCAAAAACACACAAAAAGACAAAACAUCAAAACAACGUCUACUUGCAGAGCUUUUCUUCCAGCAGCAUUACUUGGUGGCCAUUUGUCAAUAAUUAACCUUCCAUCUGAUCUGAUGCAUAUCACCUGUAGAUCUUUGUGCAGCGGUUGGUGAAACAGGUCCUAUGCAACACAAACAUAUAGAAGUUUUUUUUUUUUAAAGAGAGACCAGCCACGGGAGUUCAAACUACACAUGCAAACAGGUGACGUUUUGUCCCAGCAGCGAAGUGGGAUCAACCGAAUGCCAUUUUCAAAUACCCAUGAUGUUCAUUUAAAUUAUUCUAACUUGGUCAGUGACAUAAACUGUCUUCUGUUUUCUUAAAUAUUAUUUACCAAAGUGUGGCGCUCAGACAGAGAACUCUCGUGAACACGAACAGUGUAUGAAAAUGUUUCAGAUCAGCCUGUGAAGGACACCUUAAGACACUUUCUGUAUGUGAGGUGUGUGUAAGUUUCAGCACAUACAUGUUGGCCUGUUGUUGACAGACACUAAUAACAGUGCCUUAUCUGAAAGCUGCACUAUCUCAGACGACAUAAGGCCAUUUUCAGAGGAAUUUCAAUUUCAUUUUCAUUAUACAACCCAAACAGCGUACAACGAGUAUUAAAGUGAUCUCUUUCAAAAUAGAACACUAAUGAAAUGUUGACCUGCAAAAAUAUGAACAUCAACAAAUCAAGCCAUGGUGUAAAUGUACAUAGUUUAAAAAUAUUAAGAGGUUCUGGAUACAAGAAGGGAAAGAAUGUUCAUGAAUGUACAUGAAGUGGAAAAAAAUUGCUUCAUCAUUUUCCUGGUGAUUAUCCCUCUUAAAACAAGUUAGACGAGUGUUGUCGGCUCAGACCUGCCUCCCUAGUCGUCAUCAUCACCAUCCUCCUCUUCUCUUCCUUCACUUGCAGCCAUGACUUGGCAACCUUUUGAAGAAGAAAAAGUGUUUACAAUGCCAGACCUAGGGAAGUAAAAUAAAGGGAUAUAAUAUGCAAGAUUAUUUUGCUGGUCAACAUAUUUAACCCAUGCUAUUCUGUGAUCUGUGCAAGUGUCUUUUUUUUUGACACGUUUUAUUUGUAAGUAGGGUAGAGUAGACACCAUUGUGUAUGCUUCAGCUAAUGUCUAGUGGAAGAAUGUUGAUGUACAAUGAUGAACGAAUUCAAGUACCAUUUACUACAUUCACAGUAUCUUCAACUGUGUGCAAUAUGUUUUGCUAGUUAGAGCAUUUUUUUGUCUUGUUUGUGGGUUUGGGAGGGGAGGUGGGAGGGUCAAUGUAUAAUUACACUUGGAAUUUUUCUGACCACUAUAACAAGACAACUUGGUGUCAAAUGAAUCAAAGAAGAGGGCGUGCAGUGUUUCUGUUUCCUGUGGUAGGGUUUUAAGUUAAACUGUAAAUGGAUGACUACAGCAUGAGCUCCGUUUAGAGAUGCCAAGUCAAUCAUAAGUAUGUUUGAAGAAAAAAAGACAUUUUUCUUUUUCUUUCUUUCUUUCUUUCUUUCUUUCUUUCUUUCUUUCUUUCUUUCUUUCUUUCUUUCUUUCUUUCUUUCUUUCUUUCUUUCUUUCUUUCUUUCUUUCUUUCUUUCUUUCUUUCUUUCUUUCUUUCUUUCUUUCUUUCUUAAAGCAGCCAUUUGAAUGUUAAUGCCUGGUUUCAAGAACACUAAAUGUUUCAUAUACCUUUGAUUUUUCUCUUUUAUUUAUAUGGAAACAUCGUGUAGAACCUUGUACUUUGAAGUUCCAACUGAUGCAACCGGAUUUAGUUAUACAUUAGUGGAGGUCUUUGACUCUUAACAACAAUGCUGCACCUACUGAAAUGUGUAAUAUCUCCCUUAGCAAACUCCGUGCUAAUAUUUUCAGAUUGGCCAUUAAGAUUGUCUAGUUCACUUCUUAUUAAUUUGCUGUACAAAGUAAAACGAUCAGUUGCUUUCUACCAAAUUAGCAUGUACUGGUGAGUAUGUUGUUGUAUGAAGGGUUAGUUUGUUAGAUGAUUGCACUGCACUGCUGUCUGUGGAAGGUCUGCUUGUUUAAUGAUUAGCCCCACUGUGCUUAUUUUGAGGUACAGCCGAAGUGAUCGACCACGUGAGAUAUGUCAAUCUACAAUCAGUCUUAAUGCCAAGUCAUUGUAGGAGUUAAUAUGUGUACUGAAUAUUAGCAACAAUUAAGGUCUGCUCGAUAUAUAUGUUUACAGUGUAUGAUAUAUACACUAUAAUGCAUUGCAAGAUAAUUAUGUUUCUGUUCAUUUCUCUUUGUAUAAACACUGUGAUUAUCUCAUACUUUUCUUUUUACAUGCUGGAUUGGUGUGUGUAUGUAUGUUCAUUAAAUUAUACUAUAUCUUA